AAGGAAGCUGCAGUUGACUUGUUCACACUUUUAGAGACACAGGCCUUCUUUUCAUCCAAUCCAUUAGACCUUGCUGUCUGUCUGUUCAGAAUGAGAGCUCUUGUUGUUCUCCUGCUUGUGGCUGUGGCCAGUGCUAAGGUGUAUGACAGAUGUGAGCUGGCCAGAGCGCUGAAGGCAUCCGGAAUGGAUGGCUACGCUGGAAACAGCCUCCCCAACUGGGUGUGCCUGUCUAAAUGGGAGUCGAGCUACAAUACCCAGGCCACCAACCGCAACACCGAUGGCUCCACCGACUACGGCAUCUUCCAGAUCAACAGCCGCUACUGGUGUGACGACGGACGUACCCCGGGGGCUAAGAACGUCUGUGGUAUCCGCUGCAACCAGCUGCUAACUGAUGACAUCACAGUGGCGAUCCGUUGUGCCAAGCGUGUGGUGUUGGACCCGAACGGAAUCGGGGCAUGGGUGGCUUGGCGCCUUCACUGUCAGAAUCAGGACCUGAGGUCCUACGUGGCUGGCUGCGGGGUCUAAGACCAUACUGGAGCAGCUGAACACUUCUCAACCCAUUCUGAAGCAGACUUAACUCAUUGGAUGAAUCCAUUCUGUACUAUCCAUCAGCAUCUGCAGCUUUAACUAGUAAACUUUCACAUAUUGAUACAUUUUAGAUUUAAGCAAUAAGGGCCUAGGGGGUGUGGUAUAUGGCCAAUAUACCACGGCUAAGGGCUGUUCUUAAGCACGACGCAACGCGUGCCUGGAUACAGCCCU